UACUUUAGUUGUCCGUUCGGAAAGAACCGCGGCGCGUGUAUUAACUUAAAUAAAUUAUAUUUUUAUUAUUUUCGUCAUUUUGUUUGCCUUCGUCAUCGUUGUCAUUUGUAUAUACUACAGAUGCUGACCCAAGAUCGUAUGUAGUUUUGGUCAGUCAACGGGUUGUGAAUGUUUGCUCGUAAUAUUAAGUUUACACGUAUCUCGGGUCGUGCGAAAUUUUUUCAACUGAUUAACGAAUUUUCACACAUUUGUUGGAUUAUAACGAGAUAUUCAAGUCUUGAAGGUUGUCGGGCCCUUGAAAAAUGUUAAAUUGCAGAAUACUACCGUUAGUCUUUAUUUUAACAUUAACGCCGAUCAUCCGAGGAAGUACGAUACCACGAAGCAUAAAUGACGAACCUAAAAAUGAGAAAAUUUGUCGCACGGAAGGAUGUUUACUGGCGGCUGAGAUUAUAUCGAGCAGCAUGGAUACCAGUGUCGACCCAUGCGAUGACUUCUACAAAUUCGCUUGCGGAGGUUACAUCAUAAAUAACACCAUACCAGCUUUCAACAUGAAAUUCAACUCCUUUUCAAAUAUCACCGAUAUAAUUACCAAUCAAUUGAAAGAGAUAGUUGAAGAGGAGUCGAACGAGACUGAAAUUAGACCUUUUCGAAUGGUGAAACAAUUUUAUAAGGAUUGUUUGAAGGCAGAUAUUAUAACCGGUAGCGCCCUUAAAAUCAUACAGAAAAAAGUGGACUUGUUGGGAGGAUGGCCUCAAACAAACGAAACACUUAAAAUUAAUAAUGCAACUUGGAUAUCGGUGCUGGAACAAUCGAGAAAAAUUGGAUUCAGAUCGAAUUAUAUUCUGUCGUUGUACAUCGACGUUAGUCAUAAGAAUGCCACCAAAAAACAUAUUCAUAUAGAAAAACCAUACUUGAGAACCAAAGUAUACUCGUUACUCGGCAUGCGACCCGAUUACUCUACCAAUACGUAUUUCAAAAUGAUGACGAACAUAGCAAUGAAAUACAAAACACCAUACGCAACAGCCAUCCAAGAACUAACGCCCAUACUUCAAUUUGAAAUCGAAUUAGCUAAAAUUUAUGAGCCAACAUUCACUAAAGCGGAAAGAAUAAAUAAUUCCAUCGUUGUAACGGUCGAAGAAGCUCAAAAACGUUUCCCAUCGAUUGAAUGGUUAAAAACCAUAAACGCUUUGUUAGGAUCGAGUAUAUCUGUAGAGAAAAAUGAGACUAUUGUCAUCAUAUCUCCAAAACUAAUGGACAAAUUACAAAAAUUAUUGGAUCAAACGCCCAAAAAAGUUAUAAUAAAUUACAUCAUAUGGCGACACAUUCAAGAAUCGUUACAUUUCUAUUUCAUCGAUAACGUCCAACCUAAAUGGAAAAAUUGCCUAGCUGUUAUACAAACGAAUUUAGACGCAGCAUUGAGUGCCAUGUACAUAAGACGUCACUUUAAAAAUGGAACCGUUAAGGAAAACAUUUUGGAAAUGGUGCAGACGAUUAGAAAAGAGCAGUAUAACAUUCUAUCCGCAUCGGAUUGGAUCGACAAUGAAACCAGACAAGCAGCUUUAGAGAAAGCUCAAGCCGUAACAGAAAGAGUAGCUUAUCCUGAUGAAUUAUUGGAUGAUGAUAUCCUUACUCGACUUUAUCAAAACCUAAAUUUGGAACCCAAUCAAUAUUACGAUAAUAUACUCAAGAUAUCCGACUUUCGUAUGAAUCUGAUAUUCUCAUCGGUUCGAGAAGCAGUAAAUAAGACUGAUGUGUUAUCCUACAGAUAUUUAUUUUUAGCCAAUGCUUUCAAUGUUUUUGAAGAAAACAGCAUAGAAAUCCCUGCAGUAAUGUUACAAGGUAAAUUCUAUUCUAUUGAUCGACCAAAUUAUAUGAACUAUGGAGCAGUAGGUUUCGUCAUUGGUCACGAAUUAUCACACGCAUUCGAUUCCAAUGGCCAUUAUUACGAUAAACAAGGAAAUUACAUAAAUUGGUGGCAAUCUGAGAUGGAAAAGAAGUACGCCGAUAGAAUAAAAUGUUUCGUCGACCAAUAUAAUAAAUUCAUCGUAGAAGAUACAGGAGAAAAUGUAAACGGUACUCAUACUUUAGCCGAAAAUAUCUCAGACAACGAAGGCGUCCGAACAGCGUAUUUAGCAUACAAGGCAUGGGCACGUGAACAUGGGCCGGAAGAAAAACUGCCCGGAUUGGAUUACACACCUGAACAAAUGUUCUGGAUAAGUGCAGCUAAUUCGUGGUGUGCCAAAUAUACGUUCUUGUAUAUGAUAGAAACGCUAUCUAAAGAUGUUCAUGCCCCAGAUAAAAUACGUAUCUUGGGAGCUUUCGCUAAUCAAGAGGAUUUCGCUAACGAUUUCAAAUGUGCCGUCAACUCUACAAUGAACCCAUUACAAAAAUGUACCCUUUGGUGAUUAUCUUCGGGAUAGAGCGUGUGAUAAUGUGUCUUUACAGCAUUUAAUUUUAAAUUAUUGCCACAAAGAUUGUUUUUGAUCUCAUUUAGUUGUCUUGAAUGUUUGUAUAAGUGUUGAAAAAAAUACUCGAAAUGUUUUCUUUUUUUAAA